GUGAAAGCAUCGCCUUGUGCAGAACAACUAGCAUUUCCUUUUUCUCCGUUUAACUUUUUAUUUCUGUUCAACCAACAAUUAUUGCCAUUAAUUAGAAAUGUAUAUCGUGUGAAGAAUGUUAAUUAUGUGAGAACAUGAAGCCAAUGUUCUUACUUGCAUAGAGCUUUCGGGCCGAAAUAAUGUUCUACGAGUGGUGAGACUGAAUGAGAGGAAAGGUCCAAAUGAGAAAAGGAAGAGCAAUUGUGUAGUGAAAGAAAAAAACUGUGCUUUCCUUACCCUCAAACCUAUUGUAGUUAGAUUUAAAAAUAAAUUUAAAAAAAACCUACAAAAUCGUGAAAUUAAGCAAAGAGUUGGGAACAAGUGCAGGGUAUAGUAGAUGUGAAAAUAUAGACAAAGAAUUCAAAAAGGUGAAAAAGAUGAAAAGAGAGUAAGAGAGAAAUUAAUCGGAAAAUUCCACUCACACAUCUCUAAAAAUAUCAGUUAAUAAACAAACCAGUAGCCAAUAUUUAUUAUGUGUGGAUGAAAGUGUAAAAUUGUAUUUAAAUCAUUUAACGUAAAUACAAGGAAAGUUCGAAAAUCUUAUAGAAACUGUACAAUUGUGAGUGAAUUGUGCAUAAUGAUGGUCUGAGUGUCCAUAAGAACAUCCAAUUGUGAUGUCUUUUUCCUCAAUGAAAGAGUUAAAUGUGAAAAAUGUAUCCGGGAAAUUAAUUGAACAGACGAAAGAUCAAUGGUUUUUCUUCUGUUACAAUUGAGGAAAUUUGUGAAAUAAAACAGUGCGAAUCAAAAGAACACAUUAAUUGUGACUCCCAAUCAGGCUUAUUUAUGGUAGCUGAAAAAUCCAUUGGAAAAAUAUACAUUUGCUGAGGAAUAAUUCUUUCAACUUCUGGGCUGAACAAUGAAGAAACGAAAGGACGAUGGACGUGGCAUGGCUGGGGAGUUGCUGUUGGAUGAAGAAUCACUUCACUGCCACAGACCAGCGCGUUGUUUAUAGAAGAAGACGAAAGUGUCCAAUUGCUCGAGAGCUUCUGUGGAGUCUGGAGAGUGUCGGUAUUAGCGUCUCUCUCUGUCAUCACAUAAAAAUUAAAUUAAUGUGCUGCCUGUGGAGUGAUUAAAAAAGCACCCAACACCAUGAAUCUCAUCAAUAUGGAUUCGGAGAACCGGGUGGUCCUCAACGUGGGUGGGAUUCGGCAUGAGACCUACAAGGCGACUCUCAAGAAAAUCCCAGCCACAAGAUUGUCGCGACUCACCGAAGCUCUGGCCAAUUAUGAUCCCAUCCUCAAUGAGUACUUCUUCGAUCGACAUCCCGGAGUUUUUGCUCAAGUGCUCAACUACUACAGAACGGGAAAACUGCAUUAUCCCACAGAUGUAUGUGGUCCACUGUUCGAGGAGGAGCUGGAGUUUUGGGGUCUCGACUCCAAUCAAGUGGAACCAUGCUGCUGGAUGACCUACACUCAGCAUCGUGAUACACAGGAGACACUCGCUGUACUCGAUCGUCUGGAUUUGGACACAGAGAAGCCGUCAGAGGAGGAAUUGGCUAGGAAAUUCGGUUUCGAGGAGGAUUACUACAAAGGUACGGUUUCCUGGUGGCAGAACAUGAAACCACAAAUUUGGUCUCUAUUCGAUGAACCGUACAGUUCGAAUUCAGCUAAAAUAAUUGGUGUCGUUUCCGUGUUCUUCAUUUGCGUUUCCAUUUUGUCAUUCUGUUUGAAAACACACCCCGACAUGCGGGUGCCCAUCAUCAGGAAUAUCACCGUACGCACGGCUAAUGGUAGUACAUCGUGGGUGUUGGACAAAGCUCAGACCAACGCCCAUCUCGCAUUCUUCUACAUUGAAUGCGUCUGCAAUGCGUGGUUCACCCUUGAAAUUCUCGUACGAUUUAUAUCGUCACCAAAUAAGUGCAACUUCAUUAAAUCAUCCGUUAAUAUUAUCGACUACAUCGCCACAUUGAGUUUCUACAUCGAUCUGGUGCUCCAGAAAUUUGCGUCCCACCUCGAGAAUGCCGACAUCUUGGAAUUCUUUUCAAUCAUUCGCAUUAUGCGAUUAUUUAAAUUGACAAGACACAGUUCCGGCCUCAAGAUUCUCAUACAGACGUUUAGAGCGUCAGCCAAGGAGCUGACUCUACUUGUCUUCUUCCUAGUUUUAGGCAUCGUCAUAUUCGCCAGUUUAGUGUACUACGCCGAACGGAUACAGGCCAAUCCGCACAAUGACUUCAACAGCAUCCCACUAGGCCUCUGGUGGGCCCUUGUCACGAUGACAACGGUAGGUUAUGGUGACAUGGCGCCCAAAACAUAUGUGGGUAUGUUCGUAGGGGCUCUUUGUGCCCUUGCCGGUGUACUGACCAUCGCCCUGCCAGUUCCUGUUAUCGUCAGCAACUUUGCCAUGUAUUAUUCGCACACUCAGGCCAGAGCCAAGCUGCCCAAGAAACGCCGACGAGUCCUGCCUGUUGAACAACCACGACAAGUGACUAGAUUGCCAGGACAACCAGGAGCAAGUGGGACCCCCAUUGGAAAUGCACCCUCCGGAGGACCUGGAUCCGGUGGUACAGGUCCUCGUCGCAUGAAUGCCAACAAAACUGGCGCAAAAGACCUCGUUGGACCAAAAACAGGACCAAUUGGGGCGUCAAUUGUGGCCAUCAGUCCAAGACACGUGCUCGAUCUCAAUCCAGGACUGGCGAUGGGAAAGCCACUGUUUGAGUCCAAGGGACCGCCAAUAACGGCAAAGGAACCGACCACCAACAAUACCACAACCAGCGAAAAAACUUUCCUAUAAUUUUGCGUCAUCGUUUGAGCAAGAUUUCCUUGAGAAUAACACGAAAUGUUUGAUAAUA